AUGAUUAUACUUAUAUUAAUUUAAGUAGUCAACUCAUAAGUUUGUAAUUGUGGUUAACUUAAAUCUCAGUCAGAUUGCAAGUUAAAUACGAUUUGCUAAUGGAAUAACAAUAGUUGCAAUGAAAAAUAAAAUUAAACAAUCGGUACAUACUGUAAGUAAUUUGAUCAAUCAAAAUGUACAACAAUAACAGGAUGCAUGUAUUACGAUAGUUAAUGUUAAUAAUUUACAGGAUGCACUUCAUUUGAAUACAAUACAGAUGAAUUAUGCAAAAGUGUUUCAUCAUCUUGUAUUAGUAACGGAGAAGUAUGUAUAGACUUGGGAGAAUGCAUAUCCUAUGUUCAAAAGAGCACUUGCAAAUUAGAUUUAAGAAAUUAAUUAUGUUAUUGGGAUGGGUAAGCAUGCUCAUUAGCUGAUGCUUGUUCAAAAUUACCUUAUACUACCGAUGAGGCUUGUAGGAAAGCGAAAUCAACAUGUACUGUAAACUUUGCAGAGAAAGCUUGUAUGGACGGAGGUAAUUGUAAGGAUAUGCAAAAACAAUCACAGUGCUUUUGGAAUAAAUCAUAAACAAUCAAGUGCAAGUGGAUAUCAGGGAAAUGUUAAGAUUAUAUAUGUAUGAAUGCUCCUACUACAAUGACAACAGAUGCAGAAUGUGAAGCAUAUUUAUCGGGAUGUACAACUCAAGCAGGAGGAGGUUGUACAUUUAGAACCACAUGUGUCAAAGCAUCAAAUCAAAAUGCAUGUGUAAGUGAUUCAAAUGGAGCCAAGUGCACUUGGAUGGAUACAUAUUGUAGUGAUAGAUAUUGCUCUUAGGGAUCAAAGUCAUUUACAACUAAUUCUCAAUGCGAUUCCUUUUUGAAAGGAUGUAUAGCUAAACCUUAAGGAGGAUGUGUGUAAAAUAAAGAAUGCGAUGCAGCUUUAUCAUAAGAAACCUGUUAAUAAGAUAUUCACGGAAAUCAAUGUGUUUGGAAUAAAUCUAUUUGUUAAUUGAAAAUAUGCAAGAAUGCUCCAAUUAUUGAAAACAUAGACCAUAAUUAUUGUGAAUAAUUUUUGAGUUCUUGUACUAUGGUGGCCGGUUAAUGUGCCACCAAAACCUGUGAAAAUGCAAGUCUUUCUAUCACUAAUUGUAGAUAAUUUCUAAGUGGAUGUGUUUCUAAACUGAAUGGAGGAUGUCAACGAGUAACAACAUGCGCUUAAAUCAUAAAUUAGGAUGAUUGUUUGAAGGAUUCUAAAAAUUAAUUAUGUUUUUGGUUUAAUGACAAAUGUAUAGAUCAACAAUGCAAUGUCAUUUAAAAACAAGUCAAUCAAGAAUGCAGCUCUAUUCUAUAAAAUUGUAUAGAUGAUAAGACUGGAAAUUGUUUAGAUUAUUAAUGUUAAAAUAUUUGGAAUCAAGGUUAAUGUACUGUUGACUUUUACCAAUCAUAAUGCACAUGGAAGCCUGUCUGUUAUCUAAAAACUUGUUAUAAUGCUCCAAAAACAUUAAAUACUCAUCAGUUUUGUAAUAAUUAUUUGUCAAGUUGCACAGUAAAUAAGGAUAAAAAAGGAUGUAUGGAAAUUACUAAUAAUUGUGAGGCCUAUAAAAUUCAGGAAUCCUGUGUUAAGAAAUUAGAUAACUCUUAAUGUGAAUGGUCUAAUGAAAAGUGUUUAUCCAAAUCUUGUGAGACUGCUGAUAAAAUCAAAUACGUGAGUAUGGAAUUAUGCAAUGAGUAUUUAUCUGGAUGUGUUGUGUCGCCAAGUUUCAAAGGGUGCAUGACAUUGCCUCAAAAAUGUCCACCUAGAUUAAUUGAUGUUGUCUGUCUCUUUGAUGAUUCCUGUUAUUGGUAUUAAGAUGAAUGUAUUGAAAAAUCCAAGACUUGUGAUAACACUCCUAAGCCAUUUUGCAAUUUGGGAUGUGUUUGGGCAAAUGAAAAAUGUGUGUAAAAUCUAUGUAAUGUUAUACCCAAUCAAUCUCAUCAAAUGUGCAAUGCUAUAAAUAAUUCUUGCACAGUCAAUGAAAAAAGAUCUGGCUGCAUAACUUUACUGCAAAAAUGUUCAGAUUAUAAAACAAAUUAUUAAUGUUAAAAGAGUAAAACAUAAAAAUGCUUUUGGAAUGGUACUGAAUGUUUAGAAUUUUAAUGUACAGAUAUUCCUGAUGAUACAACUAAAUUUGACACAUUUGAAAAAUGCCAAGAGGAAUCUUCUACUUGCACAGUUAUUCCUGUUUUGAAUUAAACUGGAUGUUUGAGUAGAUUAUCAAAAUGUGAGUUAUAUACAUUAAAUUAAUGCACAUACACACUUGGAGGUAAAGAAUGUAUUUGGUUGGAUGGCUUAUGUUAACAAUUAGAUAAAUUAAACUGCUCAAGUAUUGUAGACUAUUCUAAUUGCGAUGCCAUAUUGUUUCAAUGCAAAUAAUCAGGAGAAAUUUGUGUGAAUAAACUAUGUAGUGAGAUUUUAGUUGAAGAUUUUUCAUUAACUUUUUCGAAAUGCCAAAGCUAUAGUUAAACUUGUUCAAUUCAUGCUAGCUUAAAUAGUUGUAUAGAUAUAUAAAAUGAUUGUAAUCAAUAUUUAAUAGAAGAACAUUGUAUUCAGAGUAAAACAAGUCUAUGUCACUAUUUCAAUAAUAAAUGUGUCAAUCGUAAUUCAAUUUACGGGUGUUCUACUGUAAAAUUAGAAACCUAUACAGAUCUUAAAUGCAAAUAGUUUAAACAAUUUUGUAAACUUAAUUCUACAUCUAAUGGAUGUGCAGAUACUGGAUGCAUACUCUAUUUUGGAUUGACAUCCUUGGCUGAUUGUGAAGGUGUUGAUAAUACAUGCACUGUGAAUUCAGCCAGGACUGGAUGUACUACUAAAGUCCAAAUGUGCUCAUCUUUAGAUUAAGAUAAUUGUAUAAAAGCAUAAGAAGGAUUUUGUGCUUGGGUUUCAACAAAAUGUUAAUUAUUUAAGGAUAAUGAUUGCUCAUAAAUAACAUUAUUCUAAUAUUCUCAUUAACUUUGUAAUUAAGUUAGCGCUAAAUGUUCUGCAAAUGCUUAAGUGACUUAAUGUAUUACAAUGACUGAUGAUUGUAGUUUAAAUUUAUAAUCUAAUUGCUUUUAGUCAAAAAACUCUUUUUGUUUUUAUAAUGGAACCACCUGUGCUAAUAUAAGCACUAUUACAAGUUGUUCAGACAUUAAAGUUACUUCUAAAGUCAUAUGUGAUAGAUAUGAUGGAUCCUAAAACCCUCUAGCUAUAUGUACUUUUGUUGCUGGAAAUUCCAAUUGUAUUCCAAGAACAUGCUAAAAUUAUCCUGAUAAUAAAUUCUCACAUUAAAAUUGUUCAACUUGGUUGGCUACUUGCACAUAAAACAUUGCAAAAACAAGUUGUAUCACAAUGGAACAAACUUGUGAUUUGUACAUAGAAGGUACUUGUUACAAAAGUUAAGAUUCAUAUUGUUAGUUUAAUAGUACUUGUUUAAAUGUGCCAAGUACAUGUAAUCAAAUAGCAGCUGACGAAAGAUGCACUUAGAAUUCUCUUUGCAUGAUAAAUAAUACUCCAAAAUGCGUUGAUAAAACAUGUGAAAAUUAUUAGAAUAGUGCUGGCUAUAAUCAUAAUGUUUGUUCUUCAUUUUUAGCAACAUGCACAGUUUUGAAGGAUUUGACUUAAUGUAUGACUUUACUUGAUGAUUGUACAAAAAAUUUAAUUUAAAAUUAAUGUACAAAAUCACUUUCAGGAGAUUGCAUUUGGCUUUAAAAUAAAUGUGUAGCUGCAACUUGUGACACUGUUACUGAUUGUGAAUCUUAUAAUUGUAUAGUUAAAAAAUAGGCAGGUUGUACAAACUUAUUCGAAAAUUGCUCAUUAUAUCCAACACAUAUAUAAUGUAAGAAAUCAAUUAAUAAGAUUUGUUAUUGGAAUGGUAGUAUAUGUGUAGAUUUGACAUGUGAGAACUUAAAAGGAGUGGGUUUUAAUAGUUUUAGUGAUUGUAAUACUAUUUUAGACAGUUGCACAAUAGAUGGAUCUAAGGUACAAUAAUGUAUGACAAAGAAAGAAUGUUCAUAAUAUUAAUAUGAGAUUGAAUGUAGUAAAGAUGUUUUGAAUAAAGAAUGUUUUUGGAAGAAUAAUGCUUGUUAUUUAAAAUCAUGCAAUGUAUUAGUGUUAAGUUAAUACAGCCAUGUUACUUGUAUGGAUUAAAUAAUUAAUAAUAAAUAACAUACAUGUACUAUUAAUGACAAUGGAGCUGGUUGCAUUGAAUUAAAGUAGUGUUCUUCAUAUAAGUCAGAAAAUAAUUGCAUAAUAGAUAUAGCAGGAUAAAUGUGUGGAUGGAAAAAUGAGAUUUGCAAUAUUAAAUCGUGUUAAACAGCACCAAUAAAUGUAAAUACUCAUGAAGAUUGCUAUAAGUAUCUAAAUGGAUGUACAAUUAAUGCUACAAAUGAUGGAUGCAUAAAGAUCCCUGAUUAAUGCUCUUUAAUGAAUGAAUCUUAAUGUAAGACUGACAAUUGCACUUGGUAAGAUUCAAAAUGUUAAGACAAGACUUGUUCUAAUGCUCCAUAAGACUUAAUUUCUGAAUCAUAAUGUAAUGCAUACCUGAAAAAUUGCGGAUUUGUUAAUAAUUAGAAAUGUUUCUAAUUUUAAUGUGAGGAUGUAGAAUUAAAAAGCCAUCAGGAAUGUUAUGAUAAUUACAAAUGUACUAGCAAUGGAUUUAGAUGCACUGCAAUACAAGAAUAAUGUUAUUAUUACACUACUUCAAUUAGUUGUGUAAUUGAUGUAACAAAAAGUCCAUGUACAUGGGUUGAAAAAUCACUUGAAUGUUAAAUCAGAAGAUGUGAUAAUGCUCCUUAAAGUUUGAUUACUAAUGACUCCUGUAAUAUUUACUAUCCUAAUUGCACAACAAAGGCAGGAGGAGGAUGCUAGGAAUUACAAGAGUUGUGUACAUCAUAUACAGUCUAAGAGGGUUGUUUGAAAACCCUUAAUAAAACUCAAUGUGUUUGGGAUUCCAAUUAAUGUAGAGACAAAUCAUGUGUAGAUUUAUUUGGUUCCACUCAUGCUUAAUGUAAUGGUUAGGACUCCAAUUGCACUAUAGGUUUAUAAGGCAAAUGUGCAAUUUAAAACAAUUGUUCUACAAAAGUAAAUUAAGAAACUUGUAUAGUUGGCGCUGAUGGUCCUUGCUUAUGGAUCAUUAAAAAUAACAUAGGCCAAUGUUAUUAAUAUAGUGAUUGCUCAUCAUUAAAAUGGAAAACUGACCAAGAUUGCAAAUUGAUAUCGCCUUUAUGCACAACAAAUGGUGAAAAUUGUAUUGCUGUUCAAAAGUGUUCAUUAAAUAAAAUUUCUGGAUGUUAUACUGGAAUUGAUGGCCCUUGUAUCCUCACUAUAGAUAGUAACAAUAUUAAGUCUUGUUAAUUGUUUAAAAAUUGCACCCAAGCGAAAUUUACAAUUCAUGAAGAUUGUUAACUAGCUAAUAUAAAUUGUACCACAAAUACUAUUGACUCUUGUAUCGCUCUGAAUGAUAACUGUUCAUCGUACAAACUGGCUGGAUAAUGUAAAUAAAAUAACAAAGGAAUAUAAUAUACCGAAGAUAAUAAUAUUAAUUCAACAGGAAUUUGUGUAUGGGAAUCUGGUUUAUGUAGAGAUCAAUCUUGUUAAGAUUUGAAAGCCAAUAACCAUGAUGAAUGUUCCAAAUAAUUAAUCUCAUGUACUUAUAAUUCUAUUGGAUGCAUCUCUAUUGCAAAAUGUUCUUAAUAUCAAGAUCAAAAUACUUGUUUAUCUGCUGUUGCAUCUGAUGGAAUAUGUAUCUGGGAUAAAAGCAUUUGUAGAAUUAAACUAUGUAUAGAUAUUUUUGAACCAAAAUCAUAAAUUGAUUGUCAAUCAAAUAUGAAUUCCUGCAUUUAUGAUGAAGCUAAUAAAAUAUGUGUUCCAAAAUCAAAUUGUUCAUCAUAUAAAUCUGAAUCAUUAUGUAACUAAGGUAGCAUUACUGGAUCAUGUGUAUGGUAGUCCACUAAUUGCAUAGAUUUUACUUUAUGUAAUAUGGCAAAUUCAUCAGAAACUGUAUGCAAUUCAAAUUCUUUUUGUAAUUGGGUCACCAAAGUAUCAAAUCAGCAAAAUUCAACUAAUACAACAACACAAUAAUGUGAAAGUUAUACUUGUGCGACAUGGUACAAUACUAAAAAGAAAUGUGAACCAUUUCUAUCAUUUGAUAAAUCGACAUAUAAUUAUUGUAGCAUGAAUAAUAAUACUUGUGUUUCAAUAAGUGUGUCAUAAUUCGAUUAAACAAAUUGCUAUUUAUUCAGUAAAUAUACAUACACUUGGGAUUAAACACUUUAAAAUUGUGUGAUUUGUCAAAAAGCAAUUAAUAAUACUAAUAACAAUACAAAUAACACAAAUUAAACUAUUGACUAAAAGGCCUUCAUUUUUAAGUUUUACAUAUUAAUAAUUUUGAUUAUUUUUUAUUGA